AUGGGCGCUCCGUUGCUCGCAGCGGCGCCUCAUGCCAUUCCGGCCCUCGAGACUCCCAAUCACGCCAUGGAGGCGGCCAUCACCUCGAGAGACACCCAGGGCGGCCGGAGGCUGUGGUAUCGCAUGAAGGUCAUUCAGCAGCCUGAGCGUGCCAGAGCAUGUGGUUCUGGUCCCAAGUCGUCAGCCGAUAGACGCCCCGUUGACCCGCCUCCCGUCGUGGAGCUGCGCAUCUACGAAGGUCAAACUUGGGAGCAGGCACAGGACAAGGACAUCACCUUUGUCUACAAUGCCAACUUCUUCCUCUUUGCGACCCUGGAGCAUGCUCGUGUUAUCGCCCAUGCGCGUGGCCAGCCCUCGACGAGUAACACGCCGCCGGUGCUCACGGGCAUGCCGGUCUCGGGCAUGGCGUAUCUGGACCGACCCCAGGAGGCGGGCUACUUCCUGUUCCCGGAUCUCUCGGUAAGACACGAGGGCCGCUACAAGUUGACUUUCAACCUGUACGAGGAGACCAAGGAGGACAAGGACAAGGACAAGGAGCGCGAUGGCGAGAGCCAGCCGCUCAUCACCGGCCUGAACCCUGCCACAGGAGGUUCUUUCGACUUUCGCAUGGAGAUCAAGUCGCAGGAAUUUAUUGUGUAUAGUGCCAAGAAGUUCCCUGGUUUGGCCGAGAGCACAGCGCUCAGCCGUGUCGUUGCGGAACAAGGAUGCCGUGUCCGCAUCCGCCGUGAUGUCAGGAUGAGGCGCCGUGACGGCAAGGGUGCUGGCGACUACGAGAACGCCGAGGACGAGUACGCCCGCAGGAGGCGGACAGCCACGCCGGAUAAUCGCAACGACUACAACCGGUCCCGAUCCAUGAGCGGCAGCACAGAGCGCACGCCGUAUUCCAACGACCCACAACGCCGGCCGUCGAUUGCAGACUAUCCGUCGCAGUAUCCGCAGAACCCGCCGCCCGGCGGCCACCUGCACUUCUUGGGCGGUAACGCGAGCUCACAGUAUCCCGCCGCCCCUCCACAGCCUUUUGCGCAGUCGUCAUCAGUUCCUGCCUCGCCCGUGUACCCUCCGUCCCAGACAAAUACCUACUCGCUGCAGUCCGCGUACCCGCCUCCACCGCCGCCGCCCGCACCGAAAUCCCAUAGCAGGGAGCGGACGCCUUCGCAGUCCGGAUAUGCCCCAAUCAACCCGGCACCAACCCGCCGUGACAGCGUGCACGACUACCGCGCACCUGGUCCAGUACAGUUGCCACCCCUCAACGUUCCGCCAUACCACCCUCCGACGCCUAAACAGUCGCACACGGCUCCGCCACCUCAGCAGCAACCGCACCACUACCAGCAGCAGCAGCACCACCACCAGGUCCUCCCGCCUCUGCAGAUCGAUAACGCAGUCCCUCCCCCUAGCGCGGCCCGCCUCCCGAUUCCCAGCCCGACUGCCCUGGCCGCGGCGCCACGACCCCUUGUGCCGCUCGCGCCUCUCAUCCACCCCACCAACAGCAGCAGCAGUAUUGGUAAUAGUGUCUCCAAGAGCGGUCCGCUCCACCCGACGAGCCUGCCGCCGCCAACGCAGUACGCGGGCACCAAGCGGGCGCACGACCAGAGCUUCCGCCAUGAGCCGGAGCAGCCGCGGUUCCAGGACGGGGCGCGCGAAAGGGCGACGGUCGAGGAUGCGGUCGGCAUGGAGGACAUGAACUGGUACUUCCACAGAGCGGACGGAACGCCGAAGGAUGCGAGACUGUUGGGGCGUAUCUAG